ACCCUUUCUGCUCUUGAUCAUCCCCCUCCUCUUCUCUCAUCCUCCCCGUGACCCCAUUUCCUUGGUUACACUAUCCCACCCCACAGGUGCUCUUGCUUCGUCCCAUUCCCGAAUGGAAUCCUGUCCCUAUCCAUCUUCCUUGGAGGAGGUGGUCACCGUAAGAACUUCUACCCCUCAACAUUCCUCCGCAAUGUUCGUACGACUACUGAUAGGCCGCAAUAGCUCGUUAAACGCCUUUACCAACCGGGAUCCCCUCAAGUCCUCUCACAAAUCCAGGAGACUCUUCAAGCUGUCCAGCGUUCUCAGGAUGGGUGGAAGUUGGCAGAUUCGUUGCUCGCCGUAGACGACCAAUACGUGCAAUUCUUUGGCGCCCUCACCUUUACCGUCAAACUCAAUUCUGACAGGUACAUACUGUAACCCCGCUCAGCAGUAUCCUUUAAAGCCUGGAAACUGAUGUGGCCGGGUGUAGCGGAUCCCUGUCCCCAAAAGACAUCCCAAUUCUAAGAGACCGGCUCAUCGACUGGCUAGUUCGUUUUGAUUCCCUCGGAUCGGCCCAAUUAGUUGUCAGGAAGCUGUGCUCAACAUUGGUUGUUUUCUUUAUACGGUUUCCGGAUUAUUGGGAUGACUGCAUCCGCCAUAUUAUUUGUUCUCUAUGCUUUGGCCGUUUCGUUUCUGCUGCCGAGCUUCCACAACUUCCUCCCUCAGAGAAAAUCUUGAGGGUGGCAGAACCUAGAAUGAAAAUCACAGCACUAUGGUUCUCGGCUGUUCUGGUAGAAGAAGUAGGCAAAGUUGACUCCAGAAACGUAAAAAAGUGAGCCAUUCCAGCAGUGAUAACGCUACAGGGCUAACAUCCACAUCCCACACAGUUACCAUUUCCACAACAGGAUACAGUCAAACAUUGAGGAGGUUGUCUCCCUAAUAGGUGAUGCAAUCGAAAUGCAAAAUCCCAAUGAUGGUAAGAUGGUAUACUUCCCAUAUCUAACCAAGUAUGCUAAUGAACGCAGCUUCUGGCGUUACAUCAAGCGCAUUCGAUCCACGUCUUGUCAACGAAGGAAUGAAAACCUUUCAGGUGCGUCACCUCUUCUCUACCCCUGUUAUUGGUCUGCACGGGAAACUGAAUGUCCGCAAAGUCAUGGGUUUUUCACUCUCUACGUUCCCUAUCCGAUUCGCCCUACACGUUCUCGGAGUUAAAGCGUCUGACAACCCGCGUUGUCAAUUGGCUAGCCUGUUCAGAUACGUUCGAGAGCACAUGCGAGGUAACAACAGAUAUCCUCACCAAUUAUUUCGCAUUCUUCACGCCUGCGGACGAGGCCUGCCUGGCAGCCAUAAUUACCUCGCCUUGGGCCUUGAGUCGGUACGAAGAGCUCACCUCAGGUGACGGGGACUGGGGGGGGCUUCAGUUUGGCCGACUUUUAGUAGCCUUCGCAGAAGCCACUGUCCAAAAGCUCAUACGUGACGCGAAUAGCCCACACACCGGGGCUCUACUCCAAAUGUUGCAUGGAAUGGUUAAAGUCCCUGGCUAUCCUGCGGCCGAGGAAGAGAUUUCGGGCACUACCUUUGAGUUUUGGAGCAGCCUGGCCGAGUUCUUGCUGGACCCGGAAAAUGUAGCAGAGUCAGAUGUCCCGUCACUGAUGGCAGCUGGAAAAAAGGAGAUUAUGCAAGCAAUUGAGGAAUUCUGGGCGAAAAUACAAAUACCCCCACAUACCGAAUCCCUAAAAUGGACCAAGGAUCUCAGGGACGGAUUUACGAGUUUCCGGAAGGACGUUGCUGAUCUGGUUGAGGUGGCAUACGGAAUCCUGGGCCUUGAGUUGUUUGACCGCUUGAUUAGCCAGGUUAUCAGUGCCCUGGCAAAUAGCCAGACCGGGGGGGGCGUCGCCUGGGAGCAGAUAGAAGCAAGUCUAUUUUGUCUCAAUUCUUUGAGCGAUUGUUUGGGCGAUGAGCCAGAGGAAGACGAGUCACUAAAAGUGCUCUUCCGGAGUAGGCUGUUUAACAUCUUGGCAGACUUCGGAAACCAAAUUCCUUUAAAAGCCAGACAAACAGCUGUCCAUAUGAUCGGUUCGUUAUCCCAGCAAGCGUUUUUGUACUGGGAGGCUAACCGCUUUAAAAGGAUCAUACGCCGUAUUUUUCGAGAGGUGGGCCAAUUUCUUACCAACCGUAUUAAACUUUCUAUUUGUGGCAAUAUCUACCCCUGCCCUAGCCCGGAAUGCCUCGAAGUCGAUAAGUUCCCUAUGUUCAUCUUGCCGUAGCACACUCACAAGCGAGCUAUCCGUAUUCCUCUAUCAAUACGAGCUGUUUUCUGCCACACCCACAGCAGACGACAUUGCUAAGGAGCGUGUUCUGUGCGCAAUAUCCUAUGUUAUACAAGCCUUGCCCUCGGAAAGCCAAAAGCUAGACUCUCUUAGCAAGAUACUGGGAUAUGUGGACAAGGAUGCUCAGCAAUUUCUUACACUUCUCCCUCAACACCCAGAAACAGCUAAAGAGCUAGGAGUGUCAACGCUGCAGUGCUUAGUAGCAAUUGGCAAAGGGUUGCAGGCCCCGGACGAUAUUCCGGUCAUCCUUGCUGGCGAAGGUGGAGGACGAGGGCCACCUUCGUUCUGGGAGCAAGAGAGAGGGCUAGCGAUCCAGAGGCGAAUAUUACAUAUUAUCCAAACACUGGUCGGGAGUCUGGCUGAGGAUGGGGAGAUUGUUGACGCUGCCUGUGCUGUCUUCCGAACAGGUUUUGCAGAGACAGCUCCUGGCCCCUUUGUAUUCCCUCCACGAGUAGUCACUGAAUUUCUCCUGGAGAGGGCAAAUCGUGGUGUCCGGGUAGAAACCGUGCUGUCGACCGCCAGUACCAUGGUCAGCUCUCACUCGUUAGAUGGUAGCCCAGAUAUUUCCACUGAAGUUGGUUUUUUCCUAGAAUUAAUUUUGGGACUUGUUGAGCGACUCCAGAACCCUCAAGAGGACCCCGAGAUGUCGCAGGGUUUGGUUGAAUUCCUAAACAGGCUAUUCUCCAGGUAUAUUACCGUAAUCGUCCACUACCAGCCCAGGGAACGAAUUGAGAUGCUCCUCUGGUUCGUCAUGAAUGCAUUACAGGUCCGGGAAACCUUGGUUAAGAAGGCGGCAUGCACAUUCUGGGCAUCGCUUGUCUCUUUCGCUGUGGAUGACCGCCCAGAACUCCAGGCCAGUAUUAACGCAUUUGUCAAUAUGUGCGGACCCGCCCUAGCCGAGAAGCUCGUUUGGGUAAAAAAAUUCCAUUUCGCCCUAAUAGAGCCAACUAACAAGAAUACGAACAGGGCAUCGGAGGCGGAGCCUCGAGAAGCGAAGUCGAUAGCCUCACGGAGCCCCUCAAGAAAAUGAUAGCCCGCCAGGUCAAGGCUAAGACAUGGCUAUCGUCGUCCUUAUCACGGAAUGGCUUCCCAUCCCCGAACCUUUCAGAAAAGGACAAAACCGUUUUCCUGAAUAAAAUAAUAACGUGCGUCCCCUCCCCUCCUGCUCCUCCUCUAGAUCACAAAAGCUAAUUCCCCCACUAUCAGCCUGAGAGGAAAACGUGGCACAAACCAAAUUACUAAAGAAUUCUGGUUAAGCUCGAGGGGCAGUGACUUUGCCUGUUAGUACUGCUCCCCCUUUGGGUGCCGCGCACAGUAGCUAACACCAUAAAUCAACUAGAUACCUCAUAAACCCGUCCCACAUUUGCCCGUAGUAGCCAUAAUUACCUCUACCCAGCGGAAUUCCUAACCACGACAGCAUCUCCCGGAGUUUUUGCUUUCAUUUCCAAAAAAGAGGGUUCUCUAUAAUCAUAAACUAUUUUCUCCGAUCGGGUACGAUAUCAUAGGGUUGUUUGUAAUUUAAUCCUCGGGAAUUAUUUCAUUGCGGACGGUGUAACAUGGAGGGUUAAGUUAUGUUAGAAAAUUUGAUGUCUUGGAAGUG